UUUAUAAUGUGUAUGGUAGCGCGCUCCUGCACACAGACCCCACGCCAAUAAUUUUGGCGUUCUUUUUUGUUUACCCAUUACAUCACUAAAAGGGCCUUAAUCCGAUAAACAGUUCCCCCCACUGGACGAUCAACUACAGCGUGUCACGAGACAUUGAACCGGCAACAACAUAGUGCAGAGGCCCACUAUUCAAACAGUGAAACAACCAAGAAAUUUGGCCUUCUGUACAAUGAGUGACGGUACCAAUCAGUCCAUACUAUCAGGAAGAUCAAGUGAUGAGAUUGAAACGGAUAGACUCUAUGAAGCGGUAGUGAAAGUGGUAUUACUUGAAUAUUCCAAUGAGGCACGCUUCAGAGUACCUGUUUCAGCCGCAGUUCCACCCACAGACGAUGUCCUGUUACCCAUUACUUUAAUGAAGAACUUACGAGCCAAAUUGAAAUCCAUAGCAUUGAAUCAACCAAAAGAUCAUUAUGAUACUUUAACAAGAAACUCACUCUUACGGUUUUAUACCGAUCUGAUGCAACCCUCAUUUCCAAUAGAUUUGAAACCUCUGGCACUUGUGGCGAGAUUUGCUCAAGCAUCAACUAAGAUCAUUACAAGUAGUAAUUAUACUGAUAGUAAAGAGAUUAAUAAAUUAGUAUCUAAUCAUACUAUUACAUUUGUUAAGAUCGUAAUAGAAACACUUAAGAAUGAUAAGAAUAGAGAACCUUUGGUAGCCAAAUUUGAAGAAAGUAUACGAAUGUUAAAUCCAAGAUCUUCACGAUAUAUAGACUUAUCACAUGCUCAGUUCCUCGACCCAUCGUAUCAGGUAAAUGAUAUAGACCUGGUAGUGGUGCUGGUAGUGGAACGAGUAUUUGGUAAGUCACGAGCUUCACUUCAGAAUGAUGUGAAUAGACUCAAACCUUAUGCACAGUCAAAGGCAUAUCAUCGAGAUAUUCAAACUCUCAAUGAUGAAUAUGUUAGUGCUGGAACUUUCAGUACUAACGAAGGAUAUGAGCGAUGGAAGGAUCACCAGACGAGUGAAACACUCCGAUUACUGGAGAAAUAUCGAGUACCAGAUAAGCAUAAACUAAUAUCACUUCCUUCCCUAGCAGGAGAUAAGUACUAUAUACUUCCACCAUAUUCACAACGGUAUGCUUAUUUGAUAAAGUUCAUUCGAUUAUCAUUACAGACUCAGAGUCAAACCUCAGACUUUCUCCUAUCCAAUGAUUGUCUAAGUUUAUUACGACUCUUAUACACCACUUGGUUUGUAGAUCAUCCUACUCGAGCAGUAGCCAUCUAUACAGCCAUUAAUGUUGAUGAUGAUAUAACCCUCAAUGAAGAUUAUAUCUUUGAUAUCCCCCUCGCCAUAAAGGCUCUUGAUAUGUGUAAGAAGGUGCUUCAAGAGGGGAAUUUGGCAUGGAAUGAUAAGCAUAAAUGGUCCAUUAAGGAUCAAAAUCAAUGGACUCAGAAUCUUACUUUGACAUAUAAUAAAGUGGCUCUAACCAUUAAGAAUUGUGUACCAGAUAUCUAUGGCUCUAAACCAUCUCGAUGUUUAGUAUUUUCAGCAUUUCUUCAUGAUAAUAUCGUAUCAGAUAUCUUAUUCCCCCGAGUUGAAGCUACAGGAUUAAUAACCAAAUGGGAGCAUCGAUUAAAGAGUUCAUUAUUAAACUUGACUAUCGCUCGGUAUAAGCAUUUGUAUAAGCGAAUUCCUCGGAAUCGGAAGCUAGAAAUCACCGAUGUAGCACAAUUACUUACGAAAUUAGAGAAUGAUUUCGAUGGUCUAGGCACUAAAUUCAAACUACCAUUACUUGGAAAUGUUCGAGUGGAUCAUCUAUCGCUUGUGAUUAGUGCCAUGUUCUUCUCGCGAGAUUCCGUCCAGCUAUUGAAGCAUAUCAGUCACUACGAUGAUGAUACCUUGUACGAACUCUUGUUCAGUUCCAAGUCCAUCUACAAGUCUCUCAAACAUAUCUUUAGUGUAUUUCAGCAAUUGGUUGAUAGUCGAACCGUUGAUGUGGAGUUUCUUACCACCUUUAUCAAGCUCCAGAUAGCUAGAAGCACCAAUACCAAGUACUUUGAAGAAUUAGGCCGAGUCCUUGAACAUCCUCAUGGUGUUAUAGAUAACAUUGAACAGAUCCUCUUCCCCGUGGCGUAUGAGUAUGCUGAACAUAUCCCCCAAAGAAUUCGAGACAUUGUGGCCAGUUCCAUCCAAAUGGAUACAUUUCUACCUCUACAGGAAGAUCAAAAGUUCAGUACUUCACCAAAGGAUAUGUUUAAGUUUGUCAAUGAUAUCCGAAGUACUAUAGAUGAACUUGAAUGGACCAAUGCGGAUCAACUGGCUCGGAUCUAUGCCAAGUUCUUACGAGGAGUGUCUAAUGGAGCCAUUGACUUUAGUGAAACCAUCAGUAGUCGAGUGGCAGCUGAGCUCAUAGAUAAGGAACAUAAUCCCAACUUUAAGUUCAGGAGAGAGACCUGUGUGGCCCUCAAUGAUCUCAGUAAAGUCAUAGAGUAUUUGACGACUUUGGAUACCAUCAAGUCAGGAGAUGUGUCGUCCAUCGCCUCCUCCACCACCAGUACCAGUCAUGUGUAUACCAUUCGAGUUGUUCGAGCAGAUAACUUGAUGUGUUUGGAUGCCUCAGGCAACUCGGCCAAAGUGGGACAUCCCUACAUCCAACUCAUCGACAUAGCGUCGGAACGAGUCAUUGGUAAAACCAGAACCUUAACCAGUUCUACCAGUUUGGAAUGGGAUGAAGAGUUUGAAAUCACCGUACCCAACUCCAACGUGCUAAAGUUAUCGCUAGGCGUAUGGGAUGAAGGCCAUAAGGAAUCACUCCUCUGUGGCCGAUCGUCUAAGGAGUUUGAUUUCCGAAAGUUCUCCAGUGAUGGAACACCACAAGAGUUUGAACUUCAAGUUGGAGUUCAAGGCACUUUGGUAGUAGAAGUAUCUGUAGAGAAAGAGAGUGGAGAUGCGAUGUUUCUUAUGGGUAAGGCAUUCCGAUCGCUUCAACGAAGUCAAGAUCGGUCCAUUAAGUGUAUAGUCGAGAAGUUUGAUAGUUCGAUCGCCAGCUACUUGUCGGUGACUACGUUAUCGACCAUCUGUAGUGGGAAGAGAGAACCCACCGAGGAUGAAGUGGAGCAUGUGUUGGAUCCUCUCAAACACUACUUGAACACUAACUUACAAGUGUUAGCGCAGUCUCUAACGAGAGAACUACUUCAACAGGUCAUUGAAGCUACAUGGAACUUGGUGGUAUCUCAUAUAGAUGAUAUGAUAUUACCGAGAUUAACUUCAGCAUCUUCACUCCAAUUGCUCAUUAGAGGUUCAGUAAAUCUCAGUCUCCACAGUACAUUCAGUUCGGCCAUGGCCACUCUUCAUAGAUCUACGUCCAUCAACCGUACGGAAUUCAAUGCUCUCUUCUACUGGCUCGACAGUAUGAAGGGAUUCUUUGAUAGUGACGUAGUGGAUGUACUGCUGAACCCAAAGUACCAAUCACUACUCCUCCUCCCCGACUUAUACUACAAGGACACUGCCUGGCUAAUUCAACAAGUGGAUCAACUCAGUGAAUCCUCUUCUACCACUACUACUCCGUACAGUGGCCAUGGCCUCACACGACUCUUUACUCGAUCCAGAACCAGAACCAUUAGAGCUCAUGCGACUAUCCGGACUCGACGAGAAGCUGCAGCUCUUGAUCAACAGUCUCGGCAAGAUCCGACAGUCGUCAAUAAGGCACGUGAGGAUAUGCUCUUACGACUCCUUAUAGCUCGCAAUGAAAAGAGGUAUGUAGUCAAACAACUCAAACUGCGAGAAAGACACGCUCAUGAUAUGGCCAUUAGUAAUUUGGCCAUGAAGAUUACUCAGACAAACUUCAGAUAGUUGUACAUAAACAAUAAUAAACAAUACAA